AUGUCGAGACCCGAGGACACGCUGACUGCCGACGUGCACUACGACGAUACCGAAGCUCGAAAGUACACGACCUCCUCGAGAAUCCAGAACAUUCAGGCCUCCAUGACACACCGUGCGCUGGAACUGCUGGACUUGCCUGGUCCGUCCUUCAUCCUUGACAUCGGCUGCGGAAGCGGUCUCUCUGGCGAGAUUCUAUCUUCGCUAUCACCCGAAGAAGGCGGUCCCCACAUGUGGAUUGGCAUGGACAUUUCCGCCUCUAUGCUGGAUAUCGCAUUGCAGAGAGACGUGGAAGGCGACCUGAUGCUCGCCGACAUUGGACAGGGUGUGCCGUUCCGCGCAGGUGCUUUUGAUGCGGCCAUCAGUAUCAGUGCCAUCCAGUGGCUGUGCAACGCCGAGAACAGCGAAAGCUCACCGCAGCAGAGACUGUCGAGGUUUUUCAACGGCUUGUACGCUAGCCUGAAGAGAGGAGGAAGGGCCGUCUGUCAAUUCUACCCGAAGAACAACGAACAGAAGAAGAUGAUCACCGGUGCCGCCGUCAAGGCUGGUUUCGGUGCUGGUCUACUCGAGGACGACCCGGAAACCAAGAACGUCAAGAACUAUUUGGUGCUCACAGUCGGCCAAGCUGUGGUCAACGGGCAGGCCGGCGAUAUUACAGGAGUCGUCAAAGAUAUGGAGGGCGUUGAUGUCAUGGAUUACAGGCACAAGGGUGUCAGCGGGAAGGGCGAUAUCAAGAAGGGCAGCAAGGCCUGGAUCGUCAAGAAGAAGGAGCAAAUGGAGCGGAAAGGCAAGGUCGUCAAGGCCACAUCGAAAUACACUGGACGAAAGAGAAGAAUUGCCUUCUAA